UGGGUGAAAGUAGCCACAUGAAAGAUGUGGCAUAUUGUGUUUACGAAUAAUAAUGUUGCAAAGAAUUGGCGGUGCAUAUGAUGUGUCUCAGUUAACUGAAAAAAAGUCGUUGAACGUGACAUGAAGAAAACCGAUCUAUGUGAACCUGUUUUUCAUCUCAUUUUGCAGUAUAAGAGGAAUGUGUAGAAAUUGUAUAUACUCACAUAGAUCUUUGCUUGUGAAGGACAAGACAACAGUACAUUCCAAAGAUGCAUGAACUUUUUAUGCAGGUUCUAGGAAAAAAGGAUCUGUCAAAGGCGGGUGAUUUGUUUUCUGUGGCUGAUCAGGCUAUAGUAAAUGAUCUGACAGAAGUUGUGAAUACUAUUGCUGAAAUUACCAGUUUGCCUGAUUAUGUGAACAAUGACAAUGACCAGAGUGUUGUAGAAAUCUGCAUUACUCGUGUUACCUCCUGUAUAAGAGAAACUGGCUCAAUCCAGCAACAUUCUGAAGCUUUAGUUGGCUUGUUGGAAUCAUGUUUGAAUCACAAUUUAAAACCAUCCCCGAAAGAUGAGGAUCCACCUCAUGCAAAAAUAGCCUCUGAUAUAAUUUCUUGCAUUUUUCUGAAUUAUGGCAAAAAGGAUGUAAUGAAAAGAGCAUUGCCAGUUGCUGUAAAAUUCCUGCACAAAGGCAACAAGGAACUUUCUCGUAAUAUGGCCUCUUAUCUUUCGCUUGCAGCUAUAGAAAAUGCCGACCUUUUAUCACAACAUAUACAACUUAUCAUUGAUUCAAUAAUAUCAGGAAAUUACCCCCUGUGUCGUGUGCUUCCACAAAUGUAUGCUGUUAAUAAGGAACCUCUUCACGAUCAUGUGAUGGCACUUGUAUCAUUGAUGCCACUAUGUGAUAACUCAGAGAAAUUGGCACUGUUAAAUCUGUUUGCUCUUAUCGCAAAAGAGAAGCCACAGUUGCUGGAACCUAGCUUACCCCAGCUAUGCGAGUAUUUAAGUGCUGGUCCUACUGCAUCAGCUACAUUACAAGUAUUCUUGGACAUGGCAGGAAAAAGACCUCAGCUGUUGCUGGAUCACGUACCAAAAAUAAAACAAACUGCUGAGAGUUAUCCGAAUACACUUUGUCUAGCUGCACAAGUCAUUUCAUCUGUAGGAAAACUGAGCAAGGACCGGGCACAGGAGGCACUGAAUUUUGUGUUAGAGCAGUUGCACAAAGCAGACCGUGGGAGUCAGGGUACGCUGCUCAGAGAAGCAACAUUGCUGUGUAGCAGUUAUCCAGUGUUGUUCACAGACAAGAUGUUGGCAGAGGUGCGUGGGCACAAAACCCAGACCAACUCAGUCCCAGCUGCACAGCAUCCUGCACCAGUGCACAGUUCGCAGGUUAAUCAGACUUGUGGAGGUGUAACGAUUGUGAAAGUUGGAGGUAGUAGACCUGAUCUUCAACAGCAACAGCUUCUUCAUUCUCAACAACAGUCUGCCUUGACAUCUGUUACAGCAAACAAAGAACUUGUUUCCCCAUCUCAAAUGGUCAGAAUGCAGCAGGAAGGUGGAUGGCUAAAUCGUCAAGAAGCAAAUCGAUUGGUAGUUAGUCGACCAAGAUUGGGAGGUGAUAGCCGUAGUACAGGUCGCCUGCACACAUCAGCUGCCCAUCGGAGCAUGACACGACUUAAUGUUGGUGGCAGUCGUGUUGGAUCUGUGGGAGGUUUGCAUAAGAGCAUGACAAGAUUGAGUUCAAGCCAACAGAUAAACCAGAUAUCUGUUGCAACAGCAGCCAGUGGAAAUAGGAGUGUUACAGCUAUCAAUGGAGCAGGAGGCGGAGGGAGACAGUACCAUGUGUCAGCUGUGGCCGCAGCUGUGCCACAUCACCAACAUGUUUCGAGUGGUGGUGUGACUGUCACCACAACAGCAUCACCAAGCAAAAAUAGCAUGGGCAGUGGUACAGGGUUGAGAGAUGACCUAAUGCUGUCAAUCUCUACAUCAUACCCGCAGCCCACAACUCAACCAGGUCCAUUAGUUAUCCAAGCAGGAGGUGGGAAUAACAAUGUUUGUCUGAUGAGUCAGUCAGGGACACGACUGGCAACAACAGCAGUCUCCAGUGGCCGAUCCUGUCUCAGUGGCUCAGGGAAUGUGGCAGCUAGUCCACCACCUCCAGUUACAUCUGCUGUCACUACCCGACGCCCUAAUACAAGUGUCACUAUCAUUAACAAUUGUCAGAACAGUGUAGCUGCUACUGCUCAGAGAAUUAGUGUUUUUGAGCCAUACCCAAUGCGGGAUACAGUUCAACACUUUUGUGAAAAACAUUUGGACAAGAUAAAAUCUUACAUGGACAAAGUAUCAGUACGAAUACCACCACCAGCGAAGUGUACAAUUGAAGAGAGGCGAGCAAAAAAGGUGGCAAAAUUGCAUUUUGCAUGUCAAGGACGUGGUGAACAUUGUCUGUACAACAGAACAUUCUUCACAAUGAAGACUAGAAAUCCACGUAUUUGGAUUCAUCUUAUGUUCUUAGCUCUACAGGCACGCUCCGAUUCAGCACUCAGUUCACGUGAUUCUUCUGUCAGUAGUCUGAAAAACUGUUGGGAUAUUCUGAAGUGCGAGAAUAAGACAUUUUUGACAUUAGUUACAUCUGCUUUUCCAUGUUCAAAGGAUCAAGAUGCGUUAUUGAAUGAACUCAGGCAUAGUGGUUUCUUUGAUGUAUUUGAAUGUUCUGGAGGACAGUGGGGUUGUUUUCUAUGCAACCAUCCAGAGAGAGCAGUGGGUUUCCUUCAAGACAGCCAGCCAGUUAUUGAAGGACAGUUAAAAGAAAAGAAAGGUCGCUGGAAAAUUUUCAGAAGGUGGAGGACGCGAUAUUUCACACUUUCUGGAGCACAUCUUUCCUACAAAGGCUCGAAAGAUGACAAGGAUGUUACCCCUAUAGAAGUAAACCAAAUAAGGAGUGUUAAAGUGAGCAGAGGUGCUCGCAAUAUCCCAAAAGCAUUUGAGAUUUUUACUGGAGACCAGUCACUCAUACUGAAACCAAAGGAUGGUAAAAAUGCAGAAGAAUGGGUGCAGUGCCUUUCAAUUGUUGUUGCUCAUUCUCAUUCUCGGGAGGUACCUGCUAAAAGUAAUUCACUUCCUGCUAGGGGAGCCAGCUUGCGUACUGCUGUUUGAAGUUAGGUUGUUUCAUUUGAAAAUGUAUAUAUGGCACCAUCAUACUAAACAUAUUUUUAUAGUACUUAAUAGAGAAGAACAGCCGUUAACACACACCAGGAUUUGCUUAGAAUGCUGAUCUCCAUGUGUCUCUGUCUGAUGGCAUCAUUGUCAAUAAGACAUUAAUAAUAUUAAGAAAUAAAUUUAAGAAAUCUUUUAAAUGAGCUCACAAGUGAUACGUGGGCCAUACUGAACAUACAUGAUACCUUCUGUAAUGUGUCUGUAUCCUCUCUCUCUCUCUCUCUCUCUCUCUAACCCACAGAAAGAUCUUUUUGUGCAAGUUGUAAAAAUUGUCCCCAAUGUAAAUAUGGUGAUGUUUCAUUGCUUGGUUGUUUCUAGUAACUUGUUUCAAGAUUUUUCUAUGGGAAUCAAUUUAAAGAGUAUACUUUGACAUCAAGAGAUUUUCUGCACUUUCUGUCAGUCCUUAGUCAUCACACCUUUAUGGGAGGCGGAACACCGAUUGUAAGGUUGCUGACAGAUUGUGACAUCAAUUAAAAAUACUUGUUAGUUGUCUACUUUGAGAAACCUGAGGAAUUGUGUUUUCUCUCUCUCUCUCUCACACACACACACACACACACACACACCCCACAAAAAUCAGACCUUGUCUGGAGGCUUUCGUUGUUGCCAAAUCCAAAAUUCAGUAGAAGUUGCAGAGUUUAUGCCAACCUGUCUUUGUAUGCAUAUUCUGAAACUACUUUUUUUAUAUACAUGAAAUCAGUCAUCUUACAAAUAGAACACCAUCCAUUACAUGCAACCAAACACACACUAUUUACCCAGAAUUUGUCUCAGUUAACCAGGGGAACAUCGCCUUUCUCAGUAUUACACAUUUAUUGAUGAAAACAUUACAUUAAAUUUUGUGAUCUUGUCAACCUCCCUUCCUUUACAAGGACUACUACUCACUGCUGUCGUAUUUUCAUUGUGAUUCCCCUGCUGCUCUUUGGCAUAUCGUUCUCUUGCAGCAGCAGCAGCAGCAGUAGUAGUAAUUUGAAGGCAUUUGCAACUGACCAUAUUAAAUUUUGUAAAAUUAUGGGUGAAUUUGAAAAUUUUGAGCAGUUACUUCUGCUCACUACCUUGCAUUUUUGUUUCACAUUCUUAUGAAAAGGAAAAGAACCUUAAGGUAGUCUGUCAAACCAUCUUUUUAACACUUCUUACAGACUCAUUUUUAUCAUAAUAUGUGGCAGGGAUGGAAGGACAGCGAAUUAUAUGUAUAUUUUUUAAUGCAUUUAUUUUUCAUGUAACAUGUAAUUUUUCUGUUUAUAAAUAAGACAAAUGCAGUUAACAAUGUCUUCCUUCAAGAGCUCAGUAAAUAAAAUUUAUAUUUGCUGAUAUGAAAAUUCCUCAGAUAACUAAUUCCAUGCACAAUGGCUUAAUUUACAACACAAUAUAAUAUGUUACUUGAACACACAAAGUUAAAUAUUAUGAUUUAAUACAGAAAGAAAAUAACAUUCUUGUAAAGUGGAUUGUAUUAUAAGAUUCCUUACUUUACGUCUGUUCCAUACCACCUGCACAGAAACAUCACACACAUUAUGUUCAGACAAAAUUUAAAUUUCUUUAUAAUGUCAUCUACCUGUAGCUGACUGGUGUGGGACAACACUACACAUACUUGUUCAUUGAUUUUACUACCAUUCAGUUAUCAGUUAUUUUUAUUUUAUUUUAUGUAUACACGUGUGUGUGUGUGUGUGUGUGUGUGUGUGUGUGUGUGUGUGUGUGUGUGUGUUCGUGGGGGCGGGGGGGACAUGCCAUACAUCAUUCAGCUACAGGCAAGCAGUACCUUUCCUAAUUUUUGUUUGCUGUGAUGUUCAGCAUCUAAUUUUGUUUUCUUAAGUUUAUGUAAGGAAUGAAAAUUCCUUGUUGGUGUAUGCUCAGUAUUAAUAGCAUUUAUUUUUAGGCAUUUACAUAUGUUGGUAGAGUAUUAGUAACAUAAGACCUCUUGCUGAGUUGAUGAAAUAACCCUGCUUACUUAAAAUAUGUUGCUGUUAUUCAAGUACAAGGAUGCUCUGCUUUCGUCAAAACUAAUCAGUCCAAAUAAAUUUAUGCAUCACAAGCAGCACCUUCAUCACUGUAAUAUAAUCUCAGUUGAAUGUGACCUAAAGGAAUUAUUUGAAUCACAACAGUUUUAACUUCUAAAUGGAUUUCCAUCAUGAAGUUGAGAGUAAUUUUAUCCAGCAGGCUUAGAUCUUAUAACACCCUGUACCAUUAAGAUAUUGAUGACUCAGGAUAUUGUAAUCAUAAAAGUCACAGUACUACAACAUCACAGUGUCGAUUUAUGGCAUUCAUUGCCAAUGAACAAAAUGUGUUUAUGAAGAAUGUUUUUCCUAAAAAAAAAAAAAAAACACCCUUAAACGGAGAAUGAACAAAGGUGCAGAAGUGAUCGUGUACCACUCCACAGCUUAGUGGCUUAGCCAAUGUAACAAGAAUGUACAAACUAUAAUGGAAAAUGUAUAUGAAAUGUAUAUUUGUAAAAAAUAUUUAAACUUUUCAAUUCUUUUUUAA